UAUUCCUAAGCCUUUAAUAUGUUUUAGACAUCUAUUGUGUUAUUUCUCUGGGAAAUACAGAAGCUGUGCUCCAUCAUGGCGACAAUUCCCGAUGCCGAUGUACCCCUACUUCAAUCCAUACCCCUCCGGGUUUUGGAGGUUUGCUUCACCCCCCUAUAUUAUGGAGUUAAGGUAACAACAAGCAUUCUGUCGGCCAUCACUAGCUUCCUCUACUGCCUUUGGACGCCGCCCUUGAGGAGAUCCAACUGAUCCAAAAAUUUAACAAUAAACUAAACUAAUCGAACCCACAGUACGUGAGAUGCAAGAAGCGAAGCCUUAGUAAGGAAAGGUUUAAGAAGCCAGACUUGGACACCAAAGGAAUUCGAUGCCAUGGACGGACUCCGGACAGCUGAAGAAGAUGUUAACCCAAGCGGAUGCAGAACCCGAUGAGGAACCGAGACUGUGAGGGACGAGGCGACCGAGACGCAAGAAGGGGCAAGAAGCCACGACUAGGACCAGUCUGGAGACGAUAUAUCUGGGAAUGAUGCGGACAGGGAAACGAGGAAGCUGGGGGGAGCCACAAGA